AUGGAUUCAACAGAAGACUCGCAGCUUCUUGAGAUUACUGCGUUGCAGUCUAUUUACGCAGAAGAUUUCAUAGAAUGUCCACCCCCGAAAGCAUGGAAGGGUGCGGCUAGGUUGCACGAAUUCAUCAUUAGAGUGUCACACCCAGAACCUAUUCAUGCGUCCAAGAUCCAUUUCAAUCUUCACGUAAAGUUUCCAAAAACAUAUCCACGCCUCGCAUGCCCCACAUUCACCAUCGAAAAACCCAUCGUUGGCAUCAAUGAGGGCCAAGUUUCGCGAUUGUCGCAGGAAGUCAACUCGGAGGCGCAGAAACUUAAAGGGUUUGAGAUGGUCUUCUCGAUUAUCACAUUCUGUCAAGAUUGGAUAGAGAAGAAUAUCACACCACCUGUUGAAGUUGUUGGUUCGUUAGCAUUGCAAAUGACGCAACGGGCACAGGAUGAGGAACGAGCACGACGUCAGCGAGAAAUUGAACAAGCAGCAGAGGAAGAAGAGAGGGCCACCAGAGCCGCCGAAGAACUCAACGAACAGAUACAGGCAGACGCAAUGCGUCAGAUGAUGGCGAAGGAGCAACAAUACAAAGCGCGAAAACGUGCCAAUUCAGAGGCUACAGAAGUGCCCGCGACCGUUGAAAUCGAUACGCCUACGGAGACUUUCCGCGACAUGGAAAUCAAUGGUGUAAAGUUCAACACAGUGAGGGUCUUUCACCCUCGAGUAUCACAUCUCGGUCUCGUUUACAUGGCGGACCCUGUCGUGGACGACUUCAGCACCGCCACCCCAUUAGAACUUUAUGUUGUCACUUUCGAAGAGCACUACUAUACAACAUCACAGGGAAGAAAGAAAUUGACCCAGCUUGAAUCAGAAAUCAAGAAUCUCAUCAAUAUCCGCCACACGAAAUUGCUCACUAUCUACGGUGUCAAACUUCAUUUGCCGAGCUCCAGCGGCUCUCCUCAGCUUAUGGUUUUGACGGAGCAAACCCCAGCGUUGACACUGCAUGAUGUUCUGGAGGAUUGUGAUUCUCUGAGGGAAGAUCGUGCUUCUGACUAUAUCGCUCAAAUUCUCACCGCGUUGAAUGCCCUCCAUUGCAGUGGCCUCGUUCACAAAGGAAUUACAACUCGAUGCAUUGGCUUAACGUCUACCGAUAAUCCCAGCCAGCCUAAAACAGUCAAAAUCAGCAAAGCCCCUUUCCAUACCUAUCUACUGGAUUUGCAUCGCUCCAACUCAUUUGGGCCACACACCCCACCGAUACCCGAGGAGCCCAAACUUCCGGAAGGCUGGCUUUCGCGAGAUGUCAACGAAUCAGCAUUGUUGUAUACCCGCAAACGCGAUAUUCAUGACGUAGGCAUUGUGUUCAUGCAAAUGCUGUUAGGGUUGGAUGUGUGCGAGCGGUAUUCGGAGCCUGGUAGCGCUAUUCACAGUUCAUCCAUAUCACCCACGUUAGCGCGACAGAUAAUGUUGAUGCUCGAACCACCGAAGAAGGGGUCGGUGACCUGUGCCAGUUUGUUGACUGACCUCAAUGGUGUGGCCCAGAGUCCUGUCACUAAUCCGCGCACCCCUUUAACUCUGCCAUACGGUUCACCUGAAGGCCCCGACUAUUUUAGGUUGACUCCGAGAGAGAAACAAACCAGUCGAUGGAAGACGGAAUGGGAGGAAUUGGAGCUUCUUGGAAGAGGUGCAUUUGGCUCUGUAGUUAAAGCCAGAAACAAGAUCGAUUCACGCAUAUAUGCGGUCAAGAAGGUCCGCCUCUCCAAAACCCCUCAAAAUGACAAGAAGAUCGAGAGAGAAGUCGACGCUCUAAGUCGUCUUUUCCACCGUAACAUCGUUCGAUACUACACUACGUGGAUUGAGGUGUCCGACCCUACGUCAGCCGCAGCAUCCGGAGGAUCCAGCACGGAAUCAUCAAUUGACGAAGAACUGGAGGAAGGUUUAACAUCUGUCCCUGGAAUCACCAGCGAAAAGCACCUUCCAGUUAACGGUCAAUUCCAAUUCAAUGUCGAUGAUUUCGAUGAUAUCUCUGUCUCGCGUGGAUCUUUCCCUAGUAUCCACUUUUCUGUUGGAUCGGAUUCUGGAGGAGAUACUUCCAGUAGCAGCGAAGAUGAUGACGAAUUCGGAGGGUUGUUUAAAUCCACGAAAUCUCGAUCGAGGUCGGGACCCGCGUCUUUGGCAUUGAAUUCUUUGCCCCCCGAUACCCCAGCUCCUCAGACAACUCUUUAUAUUCAAAUGGAGUUCGUUGAGCGGCAAACAUUGAAAGAACGAGUGGACGAAGGACUGCCUGCCGACGAGAAGGAGGGCUGGAGACUAUUCCAGCAAAUUGUCGAUGCUCUAGUGCAUAUGUCUACCAUGAACAUCUUGCACAGAGAUAUCAAGUUGACGAAUAUUUUCAUAGAUAUAAAGGGUGAUUGUAAAGUCGGUGAUUUUGGACUUGCUACUUCCAGUCUUUCAGUAGACCCUUCGGAUGUGUCCGCAUCCUCUGGCUUUGUCGGAGCCGAUAUGACUUUGGAGGUCGGCACUCGCUUGUACAUUGCUCCAGAAGUGCAGUCUCAUCGACGAGUUAGAGGUCCCCGAGAUCAUUCUAAAGCUGACAUGUACUCUUUAGGGAUUGUGUUUUUCGAGAUGAAUUUCCAAUUCAACACGGGCGCUGAAAGAAUUGCCGUCCUGGAGGAUCUGCGAAAACCAUCUAUAACAUUCCCUGCGGGAUGGGAUCCACACAGGAUCAGGCAAAAAGAAAUCAUUACCUGGUUGCUGCAACAUGAUCCGGACAAGCGACCCACUGCCCUAGAGCUCUCUCAAAGUCCCCUUUUGCCUGAAAGAUUGGAGGAUGAAUACUUUAAAAACGCACUUCGAUUAAUGGCGAAGCCUGAUACCACCCACCACCAGACUGCUCUUGCAACGCUUUUCAAGCAACCUCCUCGUCUUUCCAGAGCUGUUGUCUAUGACCAAGACGUUGAUUCUCCUGAUUAUGCUCCAUUAAAUCAGACUGUCCAAGAUCAGCUAGUCGCUAUAUUUCAUUUACACGGCGCAGUUGACAUGGAGCCGCCUUUACUAAUGCCGAUCAUGGAUCCCGAAGAGGAGAAAAAUCAGGCCACCUUCAUUGACCGCCAAGGCGACAUUGUAUCUCUUCCAAACAACAUUCUCGUGCCUUUUGCAAGGCUGGCUGGUCGACAGAAUAUUCGACGUAUUAAGAGAUAUCAUAUCACCAAUGUCUAUCGGCCAAAUACCGUCCCAGGACAUCCCAAGUUCACGAAAGCUGCGUUGUUCGAUAUAAUCAGUCCGGAUUUAAGAUAUGGUCCUCUAGCAGCUGGAGCAGAGAUUAUUUCCGUGGUUAAUGACUGCUUGGACACAUUCCCAAAUCUUUCUCAGAACUACGAUAUCCAUAUAUCUCACUCAAAGAUAAUUGAGGUAGCGCUGAAUCGGGUCCCCGCUGAAACCCGUGCGGCUGUUGCGGAAAUUCUCAAUCAACCCAAGUCAUCAAUCAUGCAGAAACGUGCUCUUCUUUUGAAGAAGGGUCUCGUUAGGAGUACAGCCGAUGAACUAGAAAUUUUGUCCGAUGUUGAGGAGGAUCUCGAAGAAACGGUGCUACGGCUAGAAAAAUUGGGCACAGGCAUAGCUACGAUUCUAGAACCAUGGAUCAAGGAAGUCAGGCAAACCAUACAGUACACACAAUCUGCAGGAGUCAAACGGCAGAUCUACUUCCACCCUCUUAUGUUAGGCGCACAUAAUAAUCACUUCAAGGAUGGUAUUAUGGUUGAAGUUGUUAGGCGGAACAAACAGGGAGAUGUACUUGCUGCAGGAGGCCGAUAUGACAACCUCAUCACUCGAUUCCAAUCUCUGAAACAGAAACCUGAUCCUGUUUGUGCCUUUGGUAUCCAAAUUGCAGUCGAAAAGAUUACUGCUGCCCUUGCUUCCUAUCAAAGUGCCUCUAUCAAGACAUUGGUGAAAGAGGAGCGGUCGUUUGGGUUCUGGAGUCCUAGACGAUGCGACGUGUAUGUCGUCUCCUAUCAAGCUGGGUAUCUGCAGGAACGACUUGAAGUGGUCUCAUACCUAUGGGAACAUAACAUCAGUGCUGAUCUUAUGUAUGAAUCUGGGUUACCAGAUGCUGAACAUGAAAAUCAUUUGGAUAUAUGUGCCAGAGAGGGCAUUUUAUUUACUGUGUACCCUCGCCCUCGUACUGGAAGAAAUCUUCCUGCGUUCAAAGUUAAAAGUAUCUUGAAAGGAACGGAAGUGGAUUUGUCUCGCCAAGAGCUUGUCAGUUGGCUUCAACAUCAAAUAGCCGAUCAGAAGAGAGUCGAUGCUGCCACAUCAGGUGCCACUACUCUUCCCGAAAGUGCCCCAAACCUUCCUGUUAUCAAGGAUACUGCAGUUGUGCCAGAUGUUCAGCUCGUGCUCCCGGAUCCAAAAAAGCAACGCAAGCAAAUGAAACAGUUGUUUUUAGAAAAAGCUUUUGAAAAAGCUCUUGCUAUCAAAAAUUCUUUCCAGAAUGGCAUGCCUGUUCUUGUUGUCGAUGUCUCUCCCGCCCACUUCGAUGCUAUGAUCAGAAGUUCUGCUUGGGUCACCGACGAAGAAGCCUGGAAAGUCAUCUGGGCUAUGUUUCCUCCUCAACACUCUGGCUAUGCUCAAACUGUGCGAGAAGCAGCCAUCAAACGUAAAUCUGAGGGCCAUUCCUAUAUUUUACUAUAUGGAAUUCGCGAAGACCGCACUCAGCUACUCUCUCUUGCUCCAAAUUAA